AUGGCGAUAGCAGCAGAGACUCAGCCUGAACAGAAGGCUUCUUCAGAGGUUGCAGCAGUGGCGAACAAAAGAUGGACUUUAAAUGACUUUGACAUUGGGAAGCCACUCGGAAGAGGAAAGUUUGGUCAUGUUUAUUUGGCGAGGGAAAAGAGGAGCAAUCAUAUUGUGGCACUGAAGGUGCUCUUCAAGACCCAGCUGAAACAGUCACAGGUUGAGCAUCAGCUUCGCCGUGAAGUUGAAAUACAGAGCCAUCUUCGACAUCCGAAUAUUCUACGGCUUUAUGGGUACUUCUAUGAUCAGAAACGGGUUUAUCUGAUCUUGGAGUAUGCUGCCAAGGGUGAACUCUACAAGGAGCUACAGAAAUGCAAGUACUUUAGUGAACGACGUGCUGCUACUGUAAGUUCUUAUCAUGCCGUUGCCCCAAUUUACUUUAAUCAGUUUCCACUUGUCAUUAUCAUCAUCCUCGAGUUGUGUGUAGAGGAUUUUACUGAUAAAAAGCAUCAGUCGAGCCUUCUCCGUCAGGGAGAACUUAAAAUUGCAGAUUUCGGGUGGUCAGUCCACACUUUCAACCGUCGGCGGACAAUGUGUGGCACUCUUGAUUAUCUCCCUCCUGAGAUGGUUGAGAGCGUAGAGCAUGACGCAAAUGUGGAUAUCUGGAGCCUUGGUGUCCUGUGCUAUGAAUUUCUAUACGGGGUCCCUCCUUUUGAAGCCAAGGAACACUCAGACACAUACAGAAGGAUUGUUCAAGUGGACCUAAAGUUCCCUCCAAAGCCUAUCGUCUCAUCAUCUGCAAAGGACCUCAUCAGUCAGAUCAAAAACAACUCUCACAGAAAAGCUCUCAGAAACUUAAAAAGGGUAGCAAAUCCAAACACUAAACAGAACUAG